AUGCCGAUAUGCAUUGAGUGUAGAUACCCCCUGCGGACGCUCUACACCACCUACAGCAAAGCGGACGAUCGCGCUUUGGGGAAGGGCGUCCGGCUGACACAAUGUCCGCGAUGCAAGCGAUUCGGAGACAAAUACGUCGAACAUGACUUCGUCGUGCUGUUUAUUGAUCUCGUCUUGAUCAAGCCACAGGUGUACCGCCACUUACUCUUCAACCGCUUGGGCAGGGAAGAUGAUCGAUUUGACCCCUCCAUUAUCCGACUCGGCAUCUUACUCCUCCUCUUCGACGUUUACCUGACUUGGGCCCGCAUCGAGAAAGCCGCACCGCAGCCCUUCUCCACGGAUAACCCUUCACUCGGUCAAGGCGCCAUUGUCGAGCCUCCCUCUGUACUGUCUACACAACCGCUGGUCCUCCAAUACAUCUUUUUCCUCGGCCUCUGCACCGCCCAGACGCUGGCCUUUCACCUACCUAUCCGUCUUCUCUGUUCGCACCCCCCGCGUAUCUGGCUGCCGACAUUCCUGGCCAAACGUUUCCGCACCGCACCCCCCUCCUCCACCGUCCCCAACCAGCCUCCUGCAACGGCUACGACCAUGACUACCACCGUCACGCCCUCCGCCUCGGGCACCACCACCCCGACCGCCUCCAUCUCCUCCGCCACAUCCACCAACGCCUCAUCCACCGCACUCGCACCUGCGGCGCCCGCCGCGUCCACCUUCGCCGCCACACCCACCUUCACGCCUUCCGCGACGACACCGACGUCGACAGCCCACGGCAACGGCCCGGGCAGCGCCAACAACACGGUGCCCCUCCUGCCGCCGUACCCGCACCCCACGCCCCUCAGCACCGCGCUGCUCGUCUCGUCGUGCACGAAGCUCUUCCCGCUGCUGCUCAUCAUCUGGGACUACGACCUCCCCUCGUCGGCCUCGGCCGUGUCCUGGGCCGUCAUCGUCAACAACGUGGCCGCGCUCGAGAUCCUGAUGGACUGCGGCUACCUGCGCGCGGGCCUGCUGGUCGGCAUUGGCGCCGCCGUGCGAGCCGUCGUCGGCGAGCUCGUGCUGGCCAGCGUGGGGCUGAGGGGCAGCGCCGCCGGCCUGGGCGCCGGGGACGGCGGUCAGGCAGGGGGCUGGACGGGGUUGUUUUGGGGCGGUGGCGGAUGA